GACAUAUUUGCCCGCGACAUGUAUCAAUUAAGUUUUACAAGAGAAUCUUUGUUCAAAUGUUGACCCCCAGAGGGUUCAUUUUUUUCUGGAAUGUUCCAAGGUGACAGAUACACCCACACAGGUUGUUUGUGUGCCAGCUAGAUGUUCUACGACCACAACACGGUAAAUGUGCCCUCACUGCCAGUGUUUUGGCUACAGACAUGGACUAUAACCUGGGGAAAUAACCCACUUAUCUCAUACUAUUCACACCAGUCGCCUUUCACUGACGGUUGGAAAAACAGCCCUAAACACACUAUUUUUAUGCUAAGAAAUGGACGAUGUGCACUUGUAGGGUUAUGCUCAAACACACAAAGACAUACAUUCGUUUCUGGAAGGAAAAAAAACUGUAUGAGGAUAUGUCCUUAGAGUAAUACUCAUUUGAAGAUGUAGCUACUUCAAAUAUUAAUUUAAGAAAUUUAACAGUGAUUUUUUUUUACAAUGAUUUGUGUCAUGGAAUGUUUGAUGCAUGACGUCAUCUACUGUAAAAAUCACCUGCCAGGGGGAGUGGCUAAAGGUAAGCGUCAGAAGGGUUUCCCUAUUCCGUUAUCAUGACGUGGCAUUGUGGACAUUUUGUAAACCUAGUAUAUUACGAAGUAAAAUGUAAGAAAAUGAGAUGUGAUUAUAUAUAAUCGAAUAGGUUUGUUAUUUAAUCGCUGAUCGUUUUUUCGUACCUAGAAUAUUUAUGAGGGGGCGGUUCUAUUUCCCGCUCAUGCUUGAUUGACAUGUGCCCCGAGGCUAAGCGGAGCUCGGGCACAGUCAGGCGUUCUACCUUGGAAAACAUGGAAAGAAACCACCCGGCAGAUUCAUAGACAUUUCAAUAUAUUUAUUAAUUAUGGACCAUGUUUCGAGACGCUGUGGAGUCAGCCGAUCGCGUUUAACAUAGUUGUUACCAGAUUGCGGUUGCUCUCCAGUUUCACCCACCAAAGUAAAAAUCCAGGUGCAUAAACGGGUUUCUCUCUUCCAGAUAGGAUGAAAGAUCGAGACACUACUCUCCUCUUCCAGCUAAAUUAGCUUGUGCCUCGGGUGGGUCAAUACAACUCUCCGUUGUUUGACUGUCUGGGACAUCGAGUGACUCUUCGACUGUCCCUGAUCGGCAUCCGAGUCCACGCCUGGGACUUGCUUCAUGGAGAGAGCAGCGAUACCGUUUCAACUUCUGGACUACAGAAUAGCCUUCUGCGAUUAACUAAACGUUUAGGCCAUAUUUCCACGCCAUAUUUUGGAAUAUAUUUGGAUUCACCUAUGGAAAAGAAAAACAACAAAGCGAACAGGGUUCGCUCGCCGCAACUUCGCAGCCUGAACUCAACUAUCAACUCUCCUCCCAGCGGCAGCAGCGCCAAAGAGAGAGUGCACAGUGUGGACCCGUAUGGCUUUGAGCGGUUGGAGGACUUUGACUAUGAGUCGUAUGAGGAGUUGAUGUCAGAGUACCUGGCCGUGCUCACCAGGAGGUCCAUCAGAUGGUCCAGGCUGUUGCAGGGACGGGGACGGCUGGAGAAGAGCAUCAAGGUGAAGCGCUAUGUGCGUAAGGGCGUGCCCAACGAGCACCGAGGGUUGGUCUGGAUGUCAGCCAGCGGGGCCCAGGAGCACCUGGAGAAGAACCCAGGCUACUAUCACUCUCUACUGGACACUACGAAGCAACAGCACGACCCCAAGCUGGUAGACUCCAUACGCACAGACCUGAACAGAACCUUUCCUGACAACGUCCAGUUCCGCAAGACGUCGAACCCAUGUCUCCAGAAAACCCUGUACAACGUGCUGCUAGCGUACGGACACCACAACCCAGCUGUGGGCUACUGUCAAGGCAUGAACUUCAUCGCUGGGUACCUCAUCAUCAUCACUAAAGACGAGGAGAAGUCAUUCUGGCUGAUGGACGCUCUACUGGGCAGGAUACUACCAGACUACUACACCCCGGCCAUGCUGGGUCUGAAGAUGGACCAGGAGGUUUUAGGGGAGCUUGUGAGGACCAAAGCCCCAGUUGUGUGGCAGGCCAUGGGGCAACACAACGUCAUGUGGACCCUGGUGGUCUCCAGGUGGUUCAUCUGUCUCUACAUAGACGUCCUGCCUGUAGAGACGGUUCUGCGUAUCUGGGACUGUCUGUUCUACGAGGGUUCUAAGAUUCUGUUCCGUGUGGCUCUGACGUUGAUAAGGAACCAGCAGGCUGAGGUCCAACAGGCCGGUUCCCUGCCUGACGUCUGUGACGGCUUCAAACACAUGACCAGAGGCCCCGAUGUAGAGGACUGCCACACCUUCAUGCAGAAAAUCUUCACGGAACCCGGAAGCCUCUCCAUGGCAACCAUCACCAAGCUCCGGGAGACGUGUCGAGCACGCAUCAUCGCUGAGGAGUCCUGACCCCAUCCUCGUGACCUGUCAAUCAAACACACUACACAUUCCGGGCUGGGUCCCAACACUCCUUAAUGGUCUCCUCUCCUCGGAUCCUAUCCCUCACUGUUGGGACAGUGUCCUAGACUGUUUUGUACUCUUUAGCAUGACUACCAUGUAGCUAUGUAGACUACCAUGUAUGGAGACUACUAGGGGUGAAAAUAAGGUGUUACGUGUACCAGCAAAUGUAAUUAGUAACUAUCCUGUGGGGGCACAUCGCACCGGUUAAACAUGAGCCUAUCACAAUAAUGAACAACAAAGAUGCCAAUCAAACCUUUUGUCUAUUACACUAUUGUCAUUACUGUAUGAAAGUCACAUGAAAUAAAACAUAUUUAGCCAAUGGACAUGAAAACAUAUGCUCAAAUGCGGUGUGGUUUGGCAAUAAGUGACAUUUUGAAAAAGCAGAGAUGAUCGUCUGAGACGCGCGGACAGCAGUGGACGUUACCAGACUGAUAUCGUCUUAAUGACGCGCGGACAGCAGAGGACGUUACCAGACUGAUAUCGUCUUAAUGACGCGCGGACAGCAGUGGACGUUACCAGACUGAUAUCGUCUUAAUGACGCGCGGACAGCAGAGGACGUUACCAGACUGAUAUCGUCUUAAUGAGUGACGUCGCUGAUCGUCUGAGACGCGCGGACAGCAGAGGACGUUACCAGACUGAUAUCGUCUUAAUGAGGGACGUCGCUGGGUGUCAUUCAUCAAACGGCGGCUGCACUGUAGAGAUGCAGGAAUUCAACAUGAGUUUUAGUCCAGCGUUGGUGUUCAUCUGCAUUGGGGGAAACCAGCCCUGGAACUAUUGGUUCAUGUAGACCUGAAUGUACACAUGUAGCUAGAUAGUUCAUGUAGACCUGAAUGUACACAUGUAGCUAGAUAGUUCAUGUAGACCUGAAUGUACACAUGUAGCUAGAUAGUUCAUGUAGACCUGAAUGUACACAUGUAGCUAGAUAGUUCAUGUAGACCUGAAUGUACACAUGUAGCUAGAUAAUUCAUGUAGACCUGAAUGUACACAUGUAGCUAGCUAGAUUGUUCAUGUAGCUAGAUAGUUCAUGUAGACCUGAAUGUAGUUAGAUAGAUGGAGUGUAAUGUUAACUCACACCCUGCUAACUGAGGAUUCCAUGUGUCCCCCAAAUGGCACCCUAUUCCCUACAAAAGUAGUGCACUAUAUAGGGAAUAGGGCCCUGGUCUAAAAUAGUGCAGUAUAUAGGGAAUAGCCCUGGUCUAAAAUAGUGCAGGGAAUAGGGUGCCAAUUGAGAUGUAACUCAUGUGAGAUUCAUGUUGCUGACUGAAGCUCAUCGUAACUGGAAUAAACAUUUAUUUAAGAACAAGAUUUGGAUUCUAUGACUUUGCACUUUUCUCCUCUGAGUGAUGACAUCACUGAUGACGUUGGGCAGUAGACUUGAAGUGUCGUCGUACAUGAAUGAUAGUGUCUGUUGUAGUGCACUAGAAACUAGCCUGAUUCUCUGUACACCAGACAUUAUUAAAUAAACUACUGACUCUUCUCCCCCC